ACCUCUCCUCGAAGCCCGUCUAUCCAUAUAUAGUACCAUCAAAAAAAAAAAUAGUACCAUCAAAAUACAGUGUGGGUGUGGUUGCCACCUCAUCCGAUCUCACUGCCCCAUCCGUAUGUAUCUCUCCGCUGCCCGGUUCUCAUUUGACCCUGUUGCAACAAUUUAAAAUCCGAGUGACAUCAUCCCAGAAGCAGCCAGGACUCGGCAAGAGUUGACAAAACUCUUUCUUCUCACGAACAGGCACAUUGGUCCGUUUCUGAUGGAACAAUAUUAAAGUCCAAAUGACCUCAUUACAUACUAUGUACAGUAGGCACCAGCGAGCGUUGACUAAGCUGUUGCAACUGCAGUUCAACCAAUGCUUCUUUCUGCAUUUGGGGGCCAAUUAAGAUUGAUCAGCGCGACAUCAUCUUGGGCAUCACCGCGCAGGCGCACACCCCUCUCCAAAUUACAGUUGCAGAUGGACUCCGGCUCGAAGAAGUUGCUCGGGAUCCAGCCCAACGAGCUCCGCUUCUCAUCUGAGGCGAAUAAGCAGGCCUCGUGCUCUAUACACCUGACGAACAGAACGGAUCACCACAUCGCCUUCAAGGUUAAGAAUAAUAACCCUAAGAGAUACUGCGUUCAGCCCAACAUCUCUAUUGUGACACCACAGUCGACCUGCAAUGUCAGCGUUACAAUGGGAACACAAAGUGAGGCUCCACCAGAGAUGCAAUGCAGGGACAAGUUUCUCGUUCAGAGCGUUGUGGUAAGGGAGGGAACAACGGUCGAGGAUGUAACUGAAGACAAAGACAUGUUCAAAAUACAUGCAGGUAAUCUAGUGGAUGAGGUGAAGCUGAAGGUGUUAUUUUUACAACCACCAUGGCAUGUGGAGGAGGGAUCUGAAGAAAGUUUGUCGCCUCGUCCUUCAUCGUCUGGUGGGGGCAACAUACAUUAUAAAGAUAUGAAACACAUCUCGAAGAGGUUCCUCACGAUCAAACCCGAUGCGCUCUGCUUCCCCUUUGAAACAACGAGGCAAAUCAUGUGCUUUAUGUAUCUAACGAAUACAACAACCGACUUCAUUGCAUUUAAGGUUAAAAAUACUAAUCCUAAGAGAUAUUGGGUUCGGCCCAACAUCUCUAUUGUGCCACCGCAGUCCACCUACGAUGUCAAUGUUAUAAUGAAACCACAAGAAGAGGCACCGCCAAACAUGCAUUGUAAGGACAUGUUUCUCGUGCAGAGUGUUGUGGUGAGGGAAGCAACAACAACUAACGAUCUAACUGAGGAGAUGUUUAAAAAGCAAGCAGGUAAUGCAAUGGACAAGACAAAGCUGAAGGUACUCUAUGUACAACCACCAUCGCCCAGGCAGGAGGGGUCUAAAGAGGGUUCGUCGCCUCGUUCUUCUGGGCCCGCUGAGGCAAACAUAAAUUUUCAAGAUACGGGAUCCACGUUACACAACAUGACGUUGCAAAAUUUGAAAGAUAUCACAAACAACUUCUGUGAGAAGAUGAUAGUAGGAAGGGGUGGUUUUGGUGUGGUAUAUAAGGGUUUGCUAGGUGACGGGAAAAUGAUUGCUGUCAAGAAGCUUGUGCAAUCAAUAUCGGGAUCCCAAAAGCCAUUUGAGAAUGAGAUUAAUCUUCUUAUGAAGCUGAAGCACCCAAAUAUAGUGCAACUAGUAAGCUAUUGCUAUGAAACGCAACACUUACAUAAUAAUUAUGAAGGAAAAUUAAUAUUUGCUGAGAAUACACAAUGUUUGCUUUGCUUGGAAUAUUUACCUAAUGGAAGUCUUGAGAAGUAUAUUACAGAUGCAUCAUCUGGACUUGAUUGGCCCACGCGCUACAAAAUAAUUGAGGGGAUUUCCUAUGGUCUACAAUACCUCCAUGAGCAAGACGGCGGUCCAAUUAUUCACUUGGACCUAAAACCCGGGAACAUAUUGCUAGAUGAACAAAUGUUGCCAAAAGUUACCGACUUUGGUCUAUCGAGACUGAAUGAUGAAAAACAAACUAUUCGCACAAAAAAUAUUAGUGGAACGUUAGGUUACAUGCCACCGGAAUACCUACAAGGUAUGGUCACACCUAUGUCAGAUAUAUUCAGUUUGGGUGUAAUAAUCAUGGAGGUAAUAACGGGACACAGGAAGUACCUAGAUGAUAAUGGAACACCUUCCACGGUCUUCAUCGAGCUUGCGCUUCAGAAAUGGAGAGAUGUGUUGCAAAAAGGACCAAGCUAUACAUCACUAGAAAAAGACUGCCAACAAAUAAAAAGAUGCAUUCAAGUUGGUCUAAUGUGCCUAAAUCCCGAGCGGACUAAAAGGCCUACAAUGAAGAAAAUUAUUGUUAUGCUUCAAGGGCUGGAAAGUAUUAAUUGGGACAUUACCAACGGUUAUCAAGCCACGCCAUCGGGAGAGGAGCCGUAGUCUAGGAAAGGAGAUCAUCACAACAUCCAUUGCUCCAACAUUUCUGGUCUUUGGAUCCAUGUUUAUGCUCGACGAGCACCUACGCAAGCCUUUUAAAUUUCUGGUCUCCUAUCCUAGUUGUAACUAGUGAAUAAGCUGUGUCAUUGACACGGUUUGGGCAAAAAGAUGAGAGAGAUCCAAGUCACUGGGAUUUUUGUAUCCCCACAUAUUUAUCAGGAGCAGGAACAAAUAAAAAGUUGGCACAAGGGCAUAAAUAUAUCCGUGUUUUGAUCUAGAUAUUCUUGUUCCACUACUAAUUGUGGUUGGUGGUGUAAGCAAUAGCCAUUAAAUAAAAGAUUGUUGCUAUGCUUUUGCAGCUUUGCUAGCAUAUAUAAACCUGUUCAAGGUGGUUAUUCACGACAUAGGCUGCUAA